UGACUUGGGGCUCUUUGCAGUAUAUAUAAUAACACGAAGUUGCGAAGUGAAUCAAAUUAGAGUGAAAAUGCUCGAGGCGCUCCUGUGCACUGGAUGACACACGUUACAAAGUCACGCUGCGCAAAUCAGAAAAUACAGGCAGGAAAUCGAUAUGUCCGAAUUUGCUGACCGUUUGGAGGAGUCUUCGGAAGCCCAGGUGGAAAUGUGUCCACCGGUGGCUAAACUGGAGCCUGCCGUAGACCCGAGAAGAAUGCGCAGGAUUAUCGCUGAGGACACACAGUGGUCUUUAGCUCUGGUCCCUCUUCUAAGAGAUCUCUGCUUGCAGAGUAUUGUGAAAAACUUUGAAGAAAAGCCUAUCCUCAACGAACUUCUGCCCCACCAUAAAACUGUGGUGUUGGAGAAGCUGUCUCCUAACCUGCCCCUGCACAUAACAGCCAAUCUGAUCACUGACGAAAACUACUGGAAGAGGUGCUGUAUACAGCGCUGGGGCUUAAGUGAUGUCUCCACGUACGGCUACAGCUGGAAACGCAUGUUCUUUGAGCGACACCUGCAGAAGGUCAUUGAACUCUUCAUUCCAGAUGUGACUGAUCCACAGUCAGUACUUGAAUUAGUUCCACUCUGCAAGAACUAUGUGCAGAAGCUGGAUAUCACCCAACUUUUGCCCCCAGUAAAGGACCCCCAAAAGCUAGAGGAGGCUGAUGGGUCGGACUCAGUCAGUGAGGUGGGCUUCGAUGGGCCUUCCAUUGACCACUUUGAUUUUGGCAUCCUGUUGAACAAGCUUACAAAGCUGGAGGAGUUACACGUAGUGUAUGGAGUUAAGGGCUGUGGUAUGAACUUUGAGUGGAAUCUGUUUGAAUUCACCCAUCGUGACUGUCAGGCUUUAGCUGAAGCUUUAAAAUCUUGUAAAUCAUUGAAGGUCUUCAGAAUCCAUCAAAGUAAAGUGAGUGAUGAAAAGUGCCGAACUCUGGUUAGUAAGCUAUUGGAUCACCCUUCACUGAGACACCUUAGUUUUUCCCACAACAUGAUUGGAGACAGGGGUGCAAGGGCUAUUGGUAAACUGCUGAAUAACAGCAAGUUGGAGAAGCUGAACGUUUGUGACAAUAAGAUCCGAGGCCCGGGGGCCCGGGCCAUUGCCCAUGCACUGUGCUCGAACACCACGCUGAUCUCCCUCAAUCUCAGGCUCAAUCAGUUAGGAGAUGAAGGAGGGCAGGCCAUUGCUGAGGCUCUUCUAUACAAUGAGACCUUGGAGAGCCUCCACCUUGGAGCCAAUGAGAUGACAGAACCCACAGCUACAGCUCUCUCACAGGUCCUUGUUCAGAACAAAACCCUGAAGAAUAUCAAUGUCUCAUGCAACAGAUUGGGAGUGGAUGGAGGCAAAGUGUUUGAAGAAGGAAUGUCUCAUAACAGGACCCUUUUGGAGUGCGACAUUCGUUUGACGGAGGUGAGCCAGGAGAGUGAGCGCUGCAUCAGCCAAAUACUUAAGAACAACCAAAAUAAAGCACGGAAGAAACGUCUUCAGGAAGCACACAAAAAAUAGACAAGAUUGCUUUCAAAUUCAUACGCUUAGCACACACGAUUUAUGACCUCAUAUGUAUUUCAAUAUCUUUAAUUUUAAAGACAACACAGCCAGAAUCAGUGAACUGAACAGCCGUCACUCCAGUGAUCAGACUAUUAAAUACGAUUGUUGAUUGACAGUUUGGUUUAUUAGCAGAGCACUGUACGUGGCAAUGAAUUCUACAAUGGGGAGAUCUCAGAAAUGUCCUGCUAUCAGUUAUCAGUUAGAACACCUUUUUGCAGGAGUACAUCUGCUAAAUGAAUGUAGCAUUUUAUAGAAUUUUUUUUUCUUUGAGUCAGUAAUUCAUCUUUUCUUAUUUCUCUGGUUAAUGUUAUGAGGCUCUUGAAAUGGUCAUCACAUGAUUGUUCAGUAAAAAUCCAUGGCCUGUACACAACCUAGGACCUGGUGAAUAUUUUGGUACUCAAUACAUGUCAUUAGUUCUCCCAUUUGAGGGCCGCACACACACACACACACACACACACACACACACACACACACACACACACACACACAAAGACACAUCAACAGUUCCAAUAAUGUGAUGCACCGAUACACAAUGAAUGAAAUAUGUCAUUCAGAAUAAAAACCAAAAUAUCAUUUUGGUACAAUUCACUGAUACAUUGACUAUGAAACGUUAGUCUACAUCAGUUGAAAACACAGAAUGUUUUAUUUAGUUAGCCUUUUGUGAUUAUGAUACACAGUUGGGUUAACCCUUGUAGUUUAGUGUAUAUGUAACGUAAAGGCAACAUUGUGAGUGUUAAUAUACAUACAGACUUGCUUUUUUCAGUCUUUCACAUUUAUUUAGAAGAAGUCAGCACACACCAGACUAGUGAAAUACCUUAUUUAAUGCAGUACAAAAGGGCCUAUUUUACAUUAUACCUGUCUGCUGCACUUGCUGCAAGGGAUAACAGAGCUGCUGUUGUUGAACUAUAUUUAAUGUUUUUUUACGUACUAUUAUAGUUAUGGACCUGGCUAAUCUUAUCGCUCUUCAUUGCGAAUGUAUGUUUUGAAAUGUAAUUAAAAUACAUAAUCGAAUUUCUAACAUAAAUGAAACAGCAGAAUUAAUGGGUAAAUAAUUGUAGGUAGCUUAACAUUUUCAGUUGUUUUUGAGGAAAUUGUCAGCUAAAUGAUUACAUGUAAAUGUAAAAUAACUGUCCAGGCGUUCCAAGUGAAAUUUGUGUAGUUUGGUAAUGUGUUGAUGAACAUGUCGAAUACUGAAGGGUCCCGUUUUCACAAUCUUUCAUCAUCGUCGUUCUUUUUCUGUGCUGUGUUUGUGUAUUGAAAUGAUGUGUACAGCUCAACACUGAAAUGACAUCCCUCAGAAUGGUGAUAAAUGAAUGCCAACAUCAAAAUGUUUGUUCUUUAAAACUGUAAAAGCGAUGUGAAAAACAAAACAGUGCUCUGCCAUAUUGGAAUUCAGAUUAUGCAGCACCUCAUGUAUGUAACUUCAUUGUCUCCUUGUAUGUACUGUACAGUAUUUUUACUUGUAGAUACAUUUGUCCGACAUAGUUUUCAGAUUUACAUUGAUGAGUUUCAACAAACCAAGUACUCCCCUCAUCAAGCACAUUAUGAGUACAUUAUGUAUUAUUAGUGACACAUUCAAAAGUGCACAAGAAACACAUGAAUAUUCCUUCCAUUAUUAAAUCUGCAUUAUUUACAAUAUGGUGAACGUCAUCCCAUCCUGAUUACUUACAAUAUACCGUAUGUAAUGAUACUUAAAUCCGAAUUUAUGCGUAACAAGUUUAUUAAAAAGCAAUGUGUUAACAGUCAUUUAUUCUGAAAACAAACUGGUAUUUUCUGCUCUAUUUUCUUGUCUUGAAAGGUUUUUUCCAGGAAUAUUUCUUCACAUUUUUUUUCUCUCCUUCAAUCUGUUUGACUUGAGUCCCAUAUGCACUAAUUUAAUAAUAUUUAUUAGGCCUCAGUAUACCAGUAAACUCACAAUUUGCAUUUGGCUUCUGAUUAUGCACAUUUGUCUUCAUUUAUAACAUGUAUUUAGUCAAAGUAUGUUGUUACAUCUCUGCUUUUCAUUUACAUUUAAACAUAAGACACAUCAUAAUGUUCCCUGGUCUUUUGGUAAAUAAUCAUAAUGUGAAGGUGAUAAUGAAACAGACAUUUGUACUUGACUCAUUAUCUCAAGCAGUACCAGAAAUUGUUUGAAAAUGUAUUUAAACAAAGCAAACUGCUAUUCAGAUCUUCAGAAAAUCACAGAACAUAUUAGGAAUACAUCACAUUAGUGAGACAAACAUUCCACUGUACCCAUAAUAAAACCCAGAAGACUACUUCUGCACCAAAAUAAAAAAAGAGAAAAUGGUUUCUUGGCUGUACACCUGAGUCUCUUGCAUAGAUGUGGAUGUAUGUUGAAAAAAAAUGACCUUGGUUGCACCUUAAAAGAAGACAGAUCGCCCCGCACCCCAGUCAUUACUACAUACCUUACAUUACUACAUACCCUACAAGCAAUAUUAAUGAUCCUGUAGACAGAAUAGACAAACCUCUUGAGGAACAUCCAGAGGAGUGCAUUCUCACCUCAUAAAGCAAAUGUUUAUUAUUGUUACUGUAGUGAAUACAGGUGGAAUAUUCACCUGCAGUUAGUGGUGUAAGCAGUGGCCCGAAAUGAUAGUAAAUUAUCACAGCACACAGUUGUCAGUGCAGGCAAUCACUACAAUCAAUACAAGAUUGACCAUUAGUUGGGCUCUGAGUAUUAUCACUUUACGAACUGGUCCACCUAAGGGACAUAUGCAGUAGGUCAAUGAUGUGAAAAGUCCAUUUAAAUGCAUUACCUAUACAUUCCUGAGGGCACCAGGGAGAGAGCUGGAUUUUUUUUUAGUAGAAAAAAUACAAAAAUUUAUGAACUGAUGAAUUGACAGCACAAGGUGAGACCACAUCAUAUGCUUGGCUUGUUUUGUGGGACAAAAAUGAAAAGUUUAAACCAUUCUGAUUUGUUAGAGUGCAUGUCAAAGCUUGUCCUGUAUAAUAUUAAUUUUUGUGUGGAUGUUUUACGCACUGAUACCUAGCAAAAUCCUGGUUUGGUGGAAAAACAAAAGUAUAAAUAACCCUUUUUAUCAUGAAAUGAAUAGCUACUACCAUUUACAUGACAAACAGUAGACGUAGUCUUAGUUACUGCUGUAUUAGUAGUACAAUUUACCACUGGUGAAGCUAUUCUGACUUUGUCAAUGGACUUAAGCAUUGUCUCGCUUUCCAACCCUUUGAAACCUGUCUAUCUGCUAUAAGUAUUCUCGGACUUGUUUAAUUGUUUAAUUUUCAGGUUUGUAUAUAAAGUCGUAGGCGAAACUGACCUUGCGUAAUAUGGGAAGCUGAGUAAAUGUGUGACACAAACUACUUUUGGUAGUCUUCUACAAUAAAAUUUGAACUUAAACUAGAACUAAUCUCAGUGACCGAACGUCUUUUGCUGAUUCAAAUGCCUCUUAAUUCAUAUGUAUUGCUUUUUUUUCAAGCUGCAUCAAAUAUUUAGUUCCUUCCUUAACAUUCAUGCUUCCAUUUAAUACAAAAUAUGAGUUGCUUAUGAGCUGUUGUUUUUUUUUUUGCAACUGAGGGUUGUUCAAAGAGCCUCCAGGCACUUAAGUUGCUAAACAAAGAGGUAGUUCAAGGGACAAAACUCAGAAUAAAGCAAAGCAAUACGACAAAAUGAAGAGUUAAAAACAUCAGAAUUUGGAAAAUUAGUGUUCAACAUCCAGUACAUGUAUUGUACCUCGUGUACAAUACCUUGUAUUAUUGAUAUGCAAUUCUUUCCUUAUUUAUGAAGGUGUUUAUUAAUC